AUGGCUUCAACAUCAGCGUCCGCAUCAACUUCGACACCCACACCCACACCAACACAGCCACAGAGCACACCCGCUCGGAAAUACAAUCUACACAAUCCCCUCCCUCUUUCCGCCUCCCAGGAAGCCGAAGUCAAGCAGCUCUACUACAAACGCCAUUAUAAUUAUGUGAUCUUGAUUGAGGAGAAGAGAGGUGCUAACUCGGCUGCAGCGUUUGCGGAAUGUGCCGUCAAUCGUACAGUAACGGCCACCUGGGUAUGUCGGGCUCAACGGCUGGCCAUGAACUCGUGUAUGGUUGCGCAUGCGAAGCCGGAAGAGGAGGACCGGGCGCGGGAGGAGUGGUUCGCGACGCAUGAGGAGAGACGGCGGGCGAAGGAGGAGGAGUUGGCGCGGGUUGAGAAGAGGAGGGAGGAGGUUAUUCGGAUGAUGAGGGAGGAUGAGGCGCGGAAGAAGAGAUGA